CCGCUGCUUGGGAAGGAAGAAAGCGACCACAGCGCCACUGCCACGAGGAGGACUGGGCUCUGGCUGUCAGGGCCAAGGGGGCUGAGGAGGCCCUCCUGGAGCCUGCAAGAAAGGAGUGUCUGCGCUGCGAGGCUGAGGGUCUCCAAGGCCUCGGUCCUGUGACAAAGCCCCCACCCAUCUGCCUGACCCCAAGCCAGGGCUGUCCAGUGUCCUCACUCCUGAGAGGCUGCCUCAGGGUCGGGGGGAGUUGGAGGGAAUGGGAAAACAAGUUGGUGUUGAAGCAGCUGCUUCCAAGAGGUGGGAGGAGCUUUGGGGCUGCCCUGCCUGGGGCAGCUGCCAGUCCCCAGCCACAGCCCCAAGGCCAGGAGAGCCCAUGGAUCAGCAGGCAGGAGGGCUGCAUGGCAGCUUCCCAAACCAGCUGUGUUCAUGCUGUGCAUAGCUGAGAUGUGGGGGGAGCAUUUGCCCUGGGGCAGACCAGGUGUGCUGAGCCCUGGGCAGUGCCUGGUGGGGGUGGGGGCAGGGGCCAGCCUCAGAGAGCCUUCCUCAGCCACCAUGUCCUGCCAGCUUUCCCCCACUAGGACAUCACUGUUGGGGGUCCUGGAAGACCAAGGACCUUCAAGCACUGAAGCCUGGCUCUCCCUAGCUCCCUGUGGUCCUGCAGCCUGGAGUUCCCAUGGCCUCACUGAGCCGAGCCCUGCGUGCAGCCACUGCCUGCCCUCGCUGGAGCCCUGUCCAGGGCCUGGGGCUGCGCUCCCUGACCAGCGUAGAUGGCCCCACGGCUGAGAAGAGUGUGCCAUAUCAGCGGACCCUGAAGGAGGCACAAGACCCCUUGGCAGUGACCCAGGGCCCCAGCCAGCCUCUGCCCAGCACAGCCAACGUGGUAGUCAUCGGUGGAGGCAGCUUGGGCUGCCAGACCCUGUACCACUUGGCCAAGCUGGGCGUGAGUGGAGCAGUGCUUCUGGAGCGUGAGCGGCUGACCUCUGGGACCACUUGGCACACUGCGGGACUACUAUGGCAGCUGCGGCCCAGCGACGUGGAAGUGGAGCUUCUGGCACACACGCGGCGCUUAGUAAGCCGUGAGCUGGAGGAGGAAACCGGGCUGCAUACGGGCUGGAUCCAGAAUGGGGGCCUUUUCAUCGCGUCCAACCGGCAGCGCCUGGACGAGUACAAGAGGCUCAUGUCGUUGGGCAAGGUCUAUGGCGUGGAAUCUCAUGUGCUGAGCCCCGCGGAGACCAAGGCGCUGUACCCACUGAUGAAUGUGGACGACCUCUAUGGGACUCUGUACGUUCCGCAUGACGGUACCAUGGACCCUGCUGGCACCUGCACCACCCUCACCAGGGCAGCCACUGCCCGAGGAGCACAGGUCAUCGAGCACUGCCCAGUGACUGGCAUCCGUGUGCGGACAGAUGACUUUGGUGUGCGGCGGGUCAUGGCUGUGGAGACAGAGCAUGGCUCCAUCCAGACACCCUGUGUUGUCAACUGUGCAGGAGUGUGGGCAGGUGCUGUGGGUCAGAUGGCUGGAGUCAAGGUCCCCCUGGUGGCCAUGCACCAUGCCUACGUUGUCACUGAGCGCAUCCAGGGGAUCCAGAACAUGCCCAAUGUCCGUGACCAUGACGCCUCUGUCUACCUCCGCCUCCAAGGGGAUGCCUUGUCUGUGGGUGGCUAUGAGACCAACCCCAUCUUUUGGGAGGAGGUGUCAGACAAGUUUGCCUUCGGCCUCUUUGACCUGGAUUGGGAUGUGUUCACCCAGCACAUCGAAGGUGCUGUCAACCGGGUGCCCGUGCUGGAGAAGACGGGCAUCAAGUCCACAGUUUGCGGCCCAGAAUCCUUCACUCCUGACCACAAGCCCCUGAUGGGGGAGGCCCCUGAACUCCGUGGGUUCUUCUUGGGCUGCGGCUUCAACAGCGCAGGAAUGAUGCUGGGUGGUGGCUGUGGUCAGGAGCUGGCUCACUGGAUCAUCCAUGGGCGUCCAGAGAAGGACAUGUACAGCUAUGACAUCAGGCGCUUCCAUCAGUCCCUCACGGACCACCGCCGCUGGGUCCGCGAGCGAAGCCACGAGUCCUACGCCAAGAACUACUCUGUCGUGUUCCCCCACGACGAGCCGCUGGCUGGACGUAACAUGAGGACAGACCCCCUACACGAGGAGCUCCUCGGACGAGGCUGUGUGUUCCAGGAGCGGCAGGGCUGGGAGCGGCCAGGCUGGUUCUACCCGCGAGGCACAGUGCCGGUCCUGGAGUAUGACUACUAUGGGGCAUAUGGGAACCAGGCCCAUGAGGACCACGCCUACGGUCGGCUUCUGGCAGACGAGUACACUUUCGACUUCCCACCCCACCACGACACGAUCCGGGCGGAGUGUCUGGCAUGCAGAGAGGCCGCAGCGGUGUUCGACAUGUCCUACUUCGGGAAGUUCUAUCUGGUGGGGCCGGACGCCAGGGCAGCUGCAGACUGGCUCUUCUCUGCGGAUGUCAGCCGACCCCCAGGCUCCACGGUGUACACCUGCAUGCUGAACCACCGUGGGGGCACGGAAAGUGACCUGACUGUCAGCUCUCUGGCCCCUGGCCCCCAAGCCUCCCCACUGGCCCCUGCUUUUGAAGGGGAUGGCUACUACCUGGCUGUGGGCGGGGCUGCGGCCCAGCACAACUGGUCCCACAUCACCACUGUGCUACAGGACCAGAGGUUCCAGUGCCAGCUCAUUGACAGCUCUGAGGACCUGGGCAUGAUCAGCAUACAGGGCCCAGCCAGCCGGGCCAUUCUGCAGGAGGUGCUUGAUGCAGACCUGAGUGACGAGGCCUUCCCUUUCUCCACUCACAAGCUGGUGACAGCUGCCGGGCACCUGGUCCGGGCCAUGCGGCUGUCCUUUGUGGGAGAGCUGGGCUGGGAGCUGCACAUCCCGAGAGUGUCCUGCGUGCCUGUGUACCAGGCCGUGAUGGCAGCGGGAGCCAGGCACGGCCUAGUCAAUGCAGGGUAUCGAGCCAUUGACUCCCUGAGCAUCGAGAAAGGCUACCGGCACUGGCAUGCGGACCUGAGGCCAGAUGACAGUCCCCUGGAGGCAGGCCUGGCCUUUACCUGUAAGCUCAAGUCCCCUGUGCCUUUCCUGGGACGUGAGGCCCUGGAGAAGCAGCGGGCCUCGGGCCUUCGCCGGCGCUUGGUGUGUUUCACCGUGGAAGAGAAAGUGCCCAUGUUGGGGUUGGAGGCCAUCUGGAGAGAUGGCCACAUGGUGGGCCACAUCCGCAGGGCGGACUUCGGGUUCACCAUCCACAAGACCAUCGCCUAUGGCUACGUCCGCGACCCCUGCGGUGGGCCGGUCUCACUGGACUUUGUGAAGAGUGGCAACUAUGCGCUGGAGAGGAUGGGGGUGACCUACACUGCUCAGGCUCGCCUGAAAUCUCCCUUUGACCCCGACAACAAGAGGGUGAAAGGAAUCUACUGACGGGCCCACCAUUGCUCAGGAGGCCCAAAACCCCAAGGCCCGAUGCCCCAUCCCGACACCCGUCAUUUCCCACAGGUUCUAAAUGGCCCAGAGUUCUAGGAUCCUGGACUCGAGCCACAACUCAGGCCCUCCCCAUUCUUAGUCUAGACCUGGUCCUGCUAAACCUCCCAAACAAGACAUGGACAGAGAGACUGAGAUGGACCAUCCUGCAGCCACCAGCCAGAGAGUGGGUUCUAACCCACCUAGCUGUCCUGCAAAUGUCCAGGGUUCAGGGGUCAUGCCUUUGUCCUUUGGGAGCUUUGGGGAGGUGCUUAGUAAACACAAGCCCAGUAUAAAGGCAGGGAAGCAAA